GGGGGAGGUGGGAGGCAGGGCCUGCUGGGAGGUGGAAGGAGGGUGGGUGUUGGCAGGAAUUUGGGGCCUGGGGGAGACGCUGCCCUGAAGAGUCGGGUUCCCACGAGGCCCCUCGCUGCCCCAGGGGGUGACGCGGCUCCUGCUCACCAGGAUCCCCUUCUUCAAAGAGAUCAUCGUCAGCUCCUUCGCCUGCGACAGCUGCUCCUGGUCCAACACGGAGAUCCAGUCCGCGGGCAGGAUCCAGGAGCAGGGCGUGCGCUACACCCUGGCUGUCACCUCCCGGCAGGACAUGAACAGGGAGGUGGUGAAGACCGACUGUGCCACGGCUCGAAUCCCAGAGCUGGACUUCGAGAUCCCUGCUUUCACCCAGAAGGGAGUUCUUACUACCAUCGAAGGGAUAAUUGACAGAGCUGUGGCGGGCCUGGAGCAGGACCAGCCCCUCCGCAGGGCAACGGAUGAAGAGGUGGCAACUAAAAUAGAUGAGUUCAUCGGGAAACUAAAGCAGCUGAAAGAAGUACAUUCCUCCUUCACCUUUAUCCUGGACGACCCCUCAGGGAACAGCUUCGUGGAGAACCCUCACGCGCCGCAGAAGGACGAUGCCCUGGUGGUGACUCACUACAGGAGGAGUCCCCAGCAGGCUGCCAUGCUGGGGCUGGAGGGAGAGGAGCCGGAGGAGAAGCCAACUGAGUCCACCGAGGAUCUGAGGAACGAGGUGCUGCAGUUCAACACCAACUGCCCUGAGUGCAAUGCUCCCGCCAGCACCAAUAUGAAGCUGGUGCAAAUCCCACACUUCAAGGAAGUGAUUAUCAUGGCCACAAACUGCGACUCCUGUGGGCACAGGACGAAUGAGGUGAAGUCUGGGGGAGCCAUCGAACCGCAGGGCACCAGGAUCACCCUCCGGAUUACAGACCCUUCCGACAUGACGAGGGACGUCCUAAAGUCGGAGACGUGCAGCGUGGAGAUCCCCGAGCUGGAGUUCGAGCUGGGGAUGGGAGCGCUGGGGGGCAAGUUCACCACCCUGGAGGGGCUGCUGAAGGACAUCAGGGAGCUGGUGGAGAGAAACCCCUUCACGCUGGGGGACAGCUCUGCGCCCGGCAAAGCGGAGAAGCUGCAGGAGUUCAUCGGGAAGCUGCAGGAGAUCAUUGAGGGGAAGACCAGGGCUCACUUCAUCAUGGAUGACCCUGCGGGCAACAGCUACCUCCAGAACGUCUAUGCCCCGGAGGAGGACCCGGAGCUGAAAGUGGAGCGCUACGAGCGGACGUUUGAGCAGAACGAAGACCUGGGCCUGAACGACAUGAAGACGGAGGGCUACGAGUCGGAGGGAGCCUCGGCCCGGUAGCCAGGACCGGCCGGGACCCCUUCAACCUCUUCCUCCCCGAGGGACGCGGGGACCAGGACUUCUUUGGGGCCGGAGCCCCUCUCCCCUUCCCGGGGGUGCCAGCCCUGGGGCAGCCGCUCCAGCCCGCGGGCGGCAGGGCCUCCCCUGUGGGUCCCUCGGGGCGGGAGGGGGGCGCUUCGGGGUGCCUUCGGGGCUGCGACCCCCAAAUAAAAGGUGUUUGAAGGAG